AUGGCAAUGCUCUUCGGAAUGAGGGCAGUGAUCAGUUCAAGAUUCUGCCCGUCCGAGGCUCCGUGCUUCUGGUGGUAUCAAGGCCCUAGCUCGCUGGAUGGCUUCCAGACGUGGAACUCGACCAGGUACACGAGCAUGCUUCUUUCAGGCAGUUUGCCUGCCUGCCGGUGGGAUUCAACAAAUCAGUGCUGCGAGGAAGAUGGGGUUCCAAAUCCACAAAUUGCACUUCCAGAUCGCAAAGGCUUUGCAGUUUGCCACAAUGAUGUUCACUAUCGUGAUGACGGCAGCUUCGGAUACUGUGGGGACAACGACUUUUCUUCAGCAACGCUGCCAAGGAGUUGUGGCAACAGGUUCCCGGGUCGUACGACCACAACUACGACUUUUGGCGACUGGAUGCCUGUGACGGAAUGGGAGAAUCAGGCUUGCAGCGGACACCCGGAUGAUUUUCUGGUUACCGCUGCUCCUGGGCUGGAUGCUUGCAAAGCGCGGUGUGCAGCCAUGCUGCCUUUCUGCAAAGGCAUCGAAUUCACCUCGCCCACCAAGCGCUGUGAGCUGUGGACUCAUCCUGAAGGCAUCCUCCAAACGAAUGGCGUGCCUUUCACCACAUGCUUGAAGUAUACCCCAGCUCCGGUCUUCUACCGCUUGGACGGGGGUGUCGACCGGGCAUGUCGAGGAGCUACACCGUCAGACAAUCCACCCGGGAACUAUGUUGUUGUUGAGGCAUCCUCGCUGCAACAAUGCCAGGAGGUAUGUGCGAAGUGGCAAGGUUGCAGUGGUGUCGAAUACAACUAUUACACACGCUGUGAGAUUUGGACGCGUGCCGAAGGCAUCCAAGCAGUUCAGUAUGUUCCAGGCCAUACAUGCAUGAAUUACUCCGCCAGAGUUUGA